UCGUCUGUCGAGCAUUUCAUUUCAUUCCUACUUUUUUUCUGGCACUACAUCAAUUUUUCGGACUAAGGGAAAAUAACAAAAAUCAACUUAGAAAAAACAGUAGUAAAUUGUGCACUGCAAUAGAAAAGUGAAUUAAACACAUUGAACUAACUAGGCAGAUACAUCGACUGCACCAAAUUUUGAAGUGGCAGCCCCCUGGAGUUGAAGUCCAUAAUAAUAUUUUGAUACCAAUACUGAAGAUGUUGCGUCAACUUCAAUUGAGAGCCCCCAUUAAGGGCCUGCAGCUGAAACGCUCCUUGACUUACAAUCCAAAGCAAUUGCAGCCAUUUGCUUUGGGCGAGGCUGUCAAAAAGGAGCCACAGAUCAAGAUGCAAUCAAAGCCAGGACACUAUGUAGCCCAGCUAAUCGUCAAGAUCGCCCCGAUUAAGGCACAGAACAGUAAUAAUUUGCCAUUGGGCUACUCCAACUUGUGCAAGGAGCUGCCGAUUUAUGAGAACCUACACCCUAUUAGACAAUACAGCGUUUGUCUAAAUCCGCUGGACCAGUUGCAGACGGACCAGGGCAAACUGAGCCGAAGCAAUAAUUUGACAAUGGGCUAUUCAGAUAUGGGCGUGGAUCAGGCAAACAGCGUGGCCCUUGUGCCGCUAGAGCAUUCAUCAGUUGAACAGAAUUUAAAAAACGUUGUCACCCCGAAGCCGCAACCACAGCCAAAGGUGCCGGAACAGCCGCUGCGCAAGAUACCAUAUUAUAAUCCACUCAGGCGCCGCAGCAACGUUGAUCCGGCACGUGUCCAGUAUAUCAAGGAUAGGUUUAAGGAACGCAGCAUGGAGACCGAUACUAACAAGCCGCAGGGUAAAAAGUUCGUCUCGCGCACCACGCUGCACUCUGGGCGUUUGGACAAGAUUGAUUAGAUCGAUCUCCAUGAACUUUUCCCGAUUUUUUUUCGAUUUUACUAUGCACAACUAGUCGAGUGUAAAUCAGCAUUCGCUUUAUCGUUUUCAGCAAAUUGACUUUAAAUAUAUAUUUUGUUGCCUAUUGGCCUUUUCAAAU